GUCACAAUGACUCAGGAGCGGCUCAACAGGUAAUCCUCGUCUGGCGCCGAACCCUUCCGAACGCUGACCUUUAACCUCCCGGGUCUGGUUCCGAAGCGUCACGACACAGAGCGUAGACACGGACUGACAGCUCGGCCCAACCCGACUCGCACGAGGAAGUUCCCAACAUGUCGUCCAACAAGAGACAGAAGACAGACGGAGCCAACAGCGCUGCUGACAAGGACAUCACGUCUGCCAUGGCUGACUACCGCAAACCCGACGCCAAAACUCUCCAAACUCUGAAGGACGCCGCAAACCGGCUCCGCAUAGACAGCAUCAAGGCUACCAGCGCCUCAAAAUCAGGCCACCCUACAUCAUGCUGCAGUGCAGCAGACAUCAUCUCUGUCCUGUUCUACAACACCAUGAGGUACACCCUGUCCGAGCCUCGCCACCCCUCCAGCGAUCGGUUCGUGCUGUCCAAGGGCCAUGCUGCCCCAGUGCUGUACGCUGCCUGGGCCCAGGCCGGUCUAUUCCCCAGGGAGGACCUGCUCAACCUGAGGAAGAUCGACAGUGACUUGGAGGGACACCCCACUCCGAGACUGAACUUCAUCGACGUUGGUACCGGGUCCCUGGGCCAGGGCCUGAGUGUGGCCUGUGGGAUGGCUUACACCGGCAAGUACUGGGACAAGGCGAGUUACCGUGUGUACUGCAUGCUGGGUGACGGUGAGUCGGCCGAGGGCUCCGUGUGGGAGGCCAUGGCGUGGGGCAGCCACUACAACCUGGACAAUCUGGUGGCCAUCUUCGACGUGAACCGUCUGGGACAGAGCGAGCCCACCGCGCUGCAGCACGAGAUGGACACGUACCGCAAGAGGGCGGAGGCAUUCGGCUGGAACACGUAUGUGGUUGACGGCCAUGACGUAGAGGCUCUGUGUAAGGUUCUGCACGAGGCGUCCUCUGUCAAGGGCAAACCCAGCUGUAUCAUCGCCAAGACCUACAAGGGCAAGGGCAUCCCUGGUGUGGAGGAUGAAGAGAACUUCCACGGGAAGCCCAUGGGUGACAAGACGGACGGCGCCAUCAAGGCAAUUGAGGGUCUCAUUGUGGGGGAGAACAACGUGGGUCCGCAGCCCAUGACAGACGACGCGCCGAAGGUCGACCUCUCCAACAUCAAGAUGACCCAGCCUCCCAGCUACAGUCUGGGGGAUAAGGUUGCCACACGUGCUGCUUACGGCACCGGCCUAGCAAAACUCGGCCAGGCCAGCGAUCGCGUCGUGGCCUUCGACGCCGACGUGAAGAACUCCACCUUCUCUGAGAAGCUGAAGAAGGCGAAACCAGAGCAGUUCGUGGAGUGUUUCAUUGCCGAGCAGAACAUGGUGGGCGUUGGAAUCGGCGCUGCCACGCGGGACCGUGCUGUGGUGUUCUGCAGCACCUUCGCGUGCUUCCUGUCCCGAGCAUACGACCAGAUCCGCAUGGCUGCCAUCUCGCAGAGCAACGUCAACCUGUCGGGGUCACAUGUCGGUGUGUCCAUCGGGGAGGACGGCCCCUCCCAGAUGGCGUUGGAGGACCUCGCCAUGUUCCGUGCCAUCCCCGGGGCGACGGUGUUCUAUCCCAGCGACGCCGUGUCGUGCGAGCGCGCCUGUGAACUGGCCGCCAACACCAAGGGGAUCUGUUACAUCCGCACCAGCCGUCCCGCCACGCCCGUCAUCUACGGCAGCGACGAGGUGUUCGAGGCCGGCAAGGCGAAGGUUGUCCGUAAGAGCGACAGUGAUCAGGUGACCAUCGUGGGCGCCGCCGUGACCCUGGUGGAAGCGACGAAAGCAGCGGAUGAACUCGCGAAGGAUGGCAUCAACGUGCGCAUCAUCGACCCGUUCACCAUCAAGCCGCUGGAUGUGGACACCCUGCGAGCGAGUGCUGAGGCGACCGGCGGGAGGGUCCUCACGGUGGAGGAUCACUACCCUGAAGGAGGUAUUGGUGAAGCUGUGAGUGCCGGCCUGUCCGAGUUCCCCAACAUCACGGUGAAGAAGCUGGCCGUGAGGGAGGUUCCCCGCAGCGGACCUUCCGCGGUGCUGCUUGAGAAGUUCGGCAUCUCCGCUGGCUGCAUCAAGAAGGCAGUCCAGGAGAUGCUGUGAGGACACAUCCUCCUUUAAGACGUGAACUCACUGCUAAGACGUUAAGGUAGGCCAGGGGUAAACUUUCUCCCAACACAAGGAAAUUCACUGUCUUAUAGUAAUCAUCUUGGAGACAUUUGGAAUGUAUUUCUCCCAAUUUCUCACUAACCAUUGAAUUCUGUACAAAAGAUGCUAGUUAAAAGUCAGGUUUCCAAAUUAAGCCUAUUCAAGGUUUAGACUGUGCAUGCAUACCGAGAUGCAUUGUGGGUAACGUGUCAAAGGUUAAGGCCCCUACCUUGUAAACAGUUCUUGUCACAACUAUGCUUGAUACAUUGUCCAGAUGUGUUUUGUUUAUGUUUCAGGGGCCUUCAUCUUUUUGACAUAUUGACCACAAUGUAUCUUGCAUUGCAUGCACAGUUAAAUCAUUGAACAUGGCUUAUCGACAACAAAGUAUAUAGGUCGAGUCACAAUAACCCUUUUCUUAAUUCUGUGUAGCAUAUAAUGUUUCAGGUGGAGGUUUAAAACUUAAACAGCUUAGGGUCAGACAGGAAUGGGGUGUAGGAAAGUGUGAAAAAGAUCUGUACUGGCAGAGAGACUGAAAAAAUUGGUAUGCAAAUACUGAGAAUCACAAAAACGACAAGGUUUGCCACAAAGUUCGCAAUUUGUACCUUCCAUGCAAUCCUUUCUUUUCUGCCCUUUAUUGCAUUUGGGUGGCGCAAAAAAAACCUCGUAUGUCGGAUCUUCCUAUUACCAUCAGAAGUCAUGAAAUGAUUGAAAUGAUUAUGAAAGAUUGGCAAAGUCAGUGACUUUAUAAUGAUCGUCAACAAAGUGUUAUUUGAAAUUAAACAACUGAUUAUACGUUAGAGAAUUUGUCAGUCAUGGCUCACAGAGCUUUAGGAUCAGAGUAAACUAUCUGGACAUGUGGUAGGAAGGAUUCUAGAGAUAGAAGAGAGUUGGACAUUUUGUAGGUACAUGCACCAGUGCUAGCAAAAAAUGAUAUCCUCAAAUAAAUGAAUACAGUAUGCAACUCUA